UUCCAGCUGUCGUGUGGUUACUGACUUUUACAGUAUAUAGGAUUUAUUGGAAUAGUUUUAGGAUUUGAAGCGUAAAAAGUGUUUGUUACUAUAUCGUCUUGAAUUUAAUAACUUUUUGUGAUUGCUCAGUGUUUGCUUUUACCUCUUUCACUCCUUUUUAAUGAACGUCUCAGUGCGAUGAAGACGAGAGAUUGACGAUGAUGAAAUUCUAAGAGUUUCCGAAGACUCUUGAUCAGUAUGCUCAAACUCAGACUGUGAUACGCAAUAAUUCUAUUUCAAUAACUAAAAUGAAUCGAAAUGAAGUUCAGCAGUACUUCCAUGGCUUACUUGAAAAAGAGAAACACAUGUCAGCAGGAAUUGCCGCUAUCAAAACCUUACUUAAAUUAUUAGAGCACGAUAAGUCGGAAACAGUGCAAGGCCUUGAUUCUAAUUUACAAGCUGCAAUUGAUGUAAUGCGCAGUUUUGACAUGCCAGUCUCAGCAGUAGCAUCAGGCUGCGCACUCUUCCUUCGAUUUAUCACACUUGCCAAACUUGACUUUACGACCAAUUUUGAGGAGUGCAAAGACAUCAUGUUACAUCGCGGUGAGGUAUUCUUGAAGAAGCUCCUGCAAGCCAGAGGCAAAGUUGCUAAACAAGCCUGUGCCUUUAUUUAUGAUGGUUCGAUUGUCCUUACACAUUCAAAUUCUCGAGCAGUGUUGCAGACCAUGAUAGAAGCAGCUAGAGCUAAUAAGCGUUUCGAAGUUUACGUCACAGUUUCAUCCAUCGACAAUACUGGAGAAGAAAUGCGAUUGGCCCUGGAAAAAGAGAAUGUGCAGUGUACUUUAAUAUUGGACUCAGCUGUAGGAUACGUGAUGGAGAGUGUUGACAUGGUGAUGGUCGGUGCUGAAAGUGUCGUCGAAAGUGGAGGAAUUAUCAAUAAAAUUGGAAGUUUCACCAUGGCUGUAUGUGCUCAAGCAAUGAAAAAACCAUUUUAUGUUCUAACUGAAAGUUUCAAAUUUUCCCGGCUGUACCCUUUGAAUCAGAGAGAUCUUCCUAAUGAAUUUAAGUAUCUGUCCAGUAAAUUGACCACAGACUUGAAAAAGGAGCAUCCGUUCGUUGAUUAUACUCCUCCGUCUUAUAUCACGUUAUUAUUCACGGAUUUGGGUAUACUUACUCCUUCUGCAGUAUCAGAUGAACUCAUCAAGUUGUAUUUAUAGUGUGAAAAAGUUUGUUCCUAGGUUUUGUAAAAAUGUUUAAGUUAACAAGUAAAUUUAAAUGGUUUUUCAGUUUAAA